AUGAUCUUUGGCCUUCUUCGCUCUCUCUCUGGCAACAACACUCCCAAGAAAACUGAAAUCCCUGAAACUGCCAGUACUGGCUGCACCACAACCAUACAAACCUCUCCACCACAAUUGAUAGUUUCUCCCAAUACACAGAAAAAUUCUUCUGUCAUUGAUUUAAGUGAUUCCGAUAAGAAGGAAGUUGACAGCUUGCUGCAAGAUCUCUCUUCAAAAACUACAAGUUCACCAGUGGUGAGAGCUCUCAUUGCACUCUAUUCAAAAAACAAUCAUGCCAUCAAUGCCAUUGAAGAGGAUCAAAAGAGUGACAACAAAAAACUGGUCGAAUUAGAGACUCAAUUUAUUGAAAUAAUGAAAGAGAGAAAAAUUCUUUUGAACGCACAUCCCGAAUUGAUGGAACAAUACAAUACAGUAAAAUCAACACAAGUGAUGAAUGAAGAAGAUGAUGGUGAAGACAUGUAUGCAUAUAUUAAGAAAAAGAAUUUGAUUGAUCAAGAAUUGAAAAAAGUAUCGACACAAAUCAAAGCAGCCAAGACUACUUAUUGUCAUUACUUUUGUGAUGGAGAACUUGAGUUUAUGAAGAAUAAUAUAGAUUCCAAAGACACAUGUAAAUAUUAUACCAUGACCUAUAAUUCUGCAUUUGAUCCUUUCACUUGUCCUGGAGAAUUAUUUCACUUUAGACUUGCUGAAACUUUUUUGAGCAGAGCAUCAGGAAAUCAAUAUACUUUAAAAGAAGUGACCUAUGUAUGCAAUCCAUAUAAUUUAAAACGAUUUAACGAGAGAAAGAGAGAGUUAGCAAAAAAGCAUGGUUUUUUAUUGGACUCGAUGAAACCACUCAUUCUUUUUCAUGGUAACAGAUUGGAAUCAAAUUAUGACAAUAUUAUGAAAACAAACUUUUCCAUGCAGAGAAUUGGUUCAAAUACUGGUAACAUGGGUUACUAUGGAAAAGGAGUGUAUUUCAGUAGCUAUCCUCAAUACAGUGUUGGAUAUGCUGGCUCUAAUUGUUUAUUAGUUUGUCUUGUAUUCACUGGAAAAGCAUUUCCAUUGAAACAAAUUGUCAUGGGAUGUCCAAAGGAACCUGGUUAUGAUUCUCAUACAAGUCCUGAUGGUUAUUCAGAAGUGGUGAUCUUUGAUGAAGAUCAAAUCCUUCCAAUUUAUAAAGUUAAAUUCUAG